UUCUUCUCAGAGAGAGAGAGAGAGAGAGAGAGAGAGAGAGAGCGAGAGAGAGAGAGAGAGAGAGAGAGAGGGAGUGAGAAAGGGUGCUCGGAAGAAGAAAAGUAUCAAUUUUGUGUAAUUUGAGAAGGCAGAGGCAGAAUUGGACCUCCAAUGCGAUCACGUUUGUAUGGAUUCUCAUCGGUUUUAUAGAUAUGGAAGUCAACUUACCAGUGCUAAUCAUUUGUCCUAUGAAUUUACUACUGCAACAUCAUACUCUGAAUGGACAACAGGGUCCCUCAAGCUUGAUCUUGGAAACUCACCUAACUCCACUCUUUCUAACCAGUUUUAUAGCGAUUCAUCCAUUCCAAGCAACAGUAAGGAAGGGCACAUCUCCACAAUUACUGGCACCAAUUGCAAGCAAACCGAGGUAAAUUUUGCAGAGAAUUAUGCAUCUUGUAGCCGCAGCAUGAAGCAUGCCCUUCAAGAAAUUGAGAGCGUCCUUAUGUCACCUGAUCACAAUGAAGCAGCUACCAGCACAAGUGCUGAAUUUGAGGAAAUCAAACCAAAAGUUCUCACAAAGCAACGAUCCAGGCCAGAGAGGCACCAUUCACAGGAUAAUAUAGCAUCCACCCCCCAACUACAAUAUUCCUAUAGUCUUCCUGAGAAGCGGCCAAGGGAGACAAUGGAAGCCCUCCCCAUGAUGGAUAUCAAGCAUUUGCUUGCAAGAUGUGCUGAAGCUCUAGAUGAUGGCAGGGUGAAUGAGUUUGAAACCCUCGUAAAGGAGGCUGCUAAAUUCGUCUCCAUAAAUGGCGAUCCCAUCCAGCGGGUUGGUGCUUAUAUGCUGGAGGGUCUAGUUGCUCGCCAUGAGGCCUCCGGCACUAAAAUCUACCGUGCUCUAAGAUGCCGCCAACCAGAAAGCAAGGAGCUACUAUCCCAUAUGCGAAUUCUGUAUGACAUCUGUCCUUAUUUCAAAUUUGGUCAUAUGGCUGCCAAUGGAGCAAUUGCUGAAUCAUUGAGAAAUGAGGAUAGGAUUCACAUCAUCGACUUCCAGAUCGCACAAGGGACACAGUGGGUUACUCUAAUACAGGCACUGGCUGCCCGUCCUAGGGGCCCUCCUCAUGUCAGGAUCACAGGCAUUGAUGAUCCAGUAUCAGAGUUUGCAAGAGGAGAUGGCUUACAGCUUGUUGGUAAGAAUCUAUCGGAAAUGUCGAAGAAGUUUAACAUCCCACUUGAGUUUCAUGGUCUUUCAGUUUAUGGUCCUCAAGUUACAAGAGACAUGCUUGAAAUCCAGCCAGGUGAGGCUCUUGCAGUGAAUUUCACUCUCCAGCUUCACCAUACACCGGAUGAGAGUGUCAAUGUGAACAAUCCUCGCGACGGAUUGCUCAGAAUGGUGAAGUCCUUAUCACCAAAAGUUGUCACAUUGGUAGAGCAGGAAUCAAACACGAAUACAACGCCAUUUCUUAUGAGGUUUUCAGAGACAUUUGAUUACUACUGUGUGAUGUUCGAGUCGAUUGAUGAGACCUUGCCAAGAGACAGCAAGAAGAGGAUAGACGUGGAACAGCACUGCCUGGCCAAGGACAUUGUUAACAUAAUUGCUUGCGAGGGAGAGGAGAGGAUCGAGCGGCACGAGCUGCUCGGCAAGUGGAGGUCGCGGCUCACCAUGGCUGGUUUCAAGUCAUUCCCCUUGAGCUCUUACGUCAACUCAGUGAUAAAGACUCUUUUGGGUUACUAUUCAGAUAAGUAUACAUUAGUGGAGAAAGAUGGUGCAACGUUGCUGGGCUGGAAUAAUAGGAAUUUGAUAUCUGCUUCGGCUUGGCAUUAGUUUGUUCAUUAGUUGUGAAGGAAGUUCCAUUAGUAUCGCGCGGGCAUAAUAAAUCUGGCAAUGAUGGGUUGCUAAAACUCCAAUGUUAUUUGCAUCUGCGGGUCUCGCAUCUCCUGUAAUCUUUUGUUGGCUGAUUGUGUUCAAGUAGAUUUAUUAGUAAAGCUCAUAUUGAAUCUUAUUUUAUGUAUCCCAUUUUUAAUGGAUGUUUAAAUCAUAUAUUAACGUUGCACCUGCUGAAAAA